AUGGGACUGAACGACAGCAGCCCCGGCGCCAUGCGGAACGGCCGCGGCCUGUCGGACCAGUGGGCGGAGUCGGUGGUGGUCCGGCCUCGGACCACCGAGCGCCACAUCACGGUGCACAAGCGCCUGGUGCUGGGCUUCGCGCUGUCCAUCCUCACCCUCAUCAUCGUCACGGCGGUGGCCGUGCUGCUCAGCGUUCGCUUCGAGGAGUGCGGCGCCGAGCGAGACGGCGCCGGGGAGGCGAGCUCGCGGGGCGCCGGCGGGUCGGCCAAGUUUAACGGGAGCAAAGGGGAGCGGACGGGGGAGAGGGGGGAGGAGGAGGCGGCGCAGCCCUGGAGGAGCUCCCGCCUGCCGGGCUCGGUGCGGCCGCGGCACUACGACCUGCGGCUCGUCGUCCACAUGGACAACUUCACCUUCUCCGGAGAGGUCAGCAUCGAGCUCGAGUGCAUCAACGCCACCAAGUUCAUCGUCCUGCACACCGACCGCCUCGAGAUCGACCGUGUGUCCGUCACGUCAGAGGGCGGGGCCAGCCGGGUGCUCAGCAGGCCGGGGGGCGGGGCCAUGCGCGUGCACCGCCACUUCCUGUUCCCGGCCAAUCAGAUGCUGGUGGUGGCGCUGCACCGCGAGCUGAAGCCGCUGAGGCUUUACCGCCUCAACGUGAGCUUCGACGCCGCCAUCGAGGACGAGCUGCUGGGCUUCUUCAGGAGCUCCUACACACUGCACCGAGAGAGACGCUACCUGGCCGUGACUCAGUUCAGUCCCAUCCACGCCCGGAAGGCCUUCCCCUGUUUCGAUGAGCCGGUCUACAAGGCCACCUUCUCGCUCACGCUGCGCCACGACCCACAAUACACCUCUCUGUCCAACAUGCCCGUGGAGAGCAGCUCAUUGGCCGACGACGACGGCUGGGUGACCAAUCGCUUCGCCCGGACGCCGCGCAUGUCCACAUAUUACCUGGCCUGGGCCGUGUGCAACUUCACCUACGGAGAGACGCAGACGGACACGGGCGUGACGAUCCGCCUGUACGCGCGGCCCGACGCCGUCUCCAGCGGCGCCGGCAACUACACGCUGCACAUCACCAAGAGGCUGCUGGGAUUCUACCAGGACUACUUCAAAGUGCAGUACUCACUGCCCAAGCUAGACCUGCUGGCGGUGCCGAAGCAUCCCUACGCCGCCAUGGAGAACUGGGGCCUGAGCGUCUUCGUGGAGCAGAAGAUCCUGUUGGACCCCGAGGUGUCGUCGCUGUCCUACCAGAUGGAGCUGACCAUGGUGGUCGUCCACGAGAUCUGCCACCAGUGGUUCGGGGAUCUGGUGACUCCGGUUUGGUGGGAAGAUGUUUGGUUAAAGGAAGGUUUCGCUCAUUUUUUCGAGUACGUCGGGACAGACUUCCUCUUCCCUAAGUGGAACAUGGAGAAGCAGCGCUUCCUGACUGACGUCCUCCAUGAGGUGAUGGUAUUGGACGGCUUAAGCUCCUCCCACCCGAUCUCCCAGGAAGUGGAGCAGGCGACCGACAUCGACCGAGUGUUCGACUGGAUCGCCUACAAGAAGGGGGCAGCUCUCAUCAGGAUGUUGGCCAACGUGAUGGGACGGCCGCUCUUCCAGAAGGGACUCAAUGAUUAUCUGCUGAGUCACAUGUACAGCAACGCCGCACGAGACGACCUGUGGAGCAAGCUGUCUGAGGCCAUGCGUUCUGAGGGGCGGGACAUUGACAUCGGGGAGAUGAUGGACAGGUGGACGCUGCAGAUGGGAUAUCCCGUCGUCACCAUCAGCAAGAACCAAUCAGAGCAGCUCUCCAGCAGUUACAUCACCAUCAGCCAGGAGCACUUCCUGUACGGACAGGAAGUCAGGACCAACAACAGAUUACAUGGCCGAUUCCUCUCAGUCCAUCAAAUCGCUCUCAUGUAA